AUGCUGGGAACAAAGCAGGAACUUUUCUUUUGUCAUCCAUUGAGCCCUGGAAGUUGGUUCUUCCUUCCUCACGGGACACAGAUUUACAACAAACUAAUGGGGUUCAUAAAAUCUCAAUAUAUCAAGAGGGGUUAUGAGGAGGUCAAAACACCAAAUAUGUAUAACAUGAGACUCUGGGAGACAUCUGGGCAUGCUGCAAAUUACAGGGAUAACAUGUUUCUACUUAAUAUUGAAAAGCAAGAAUUUGGGUUGAAACCAAUGAAUUGUCCAGGGCAUUGCUUGAAGUUUCAUCAAGUCUAA